AUGCAUUACGCGAGCAAUUCGCCGUCGCCGUCCGGGUCCAUAUCCAUUUCUUCGGAGGAGAGGGAGAAGACGAGCGCUAAGAAGACCUUUCGCGAGUUUGUCUCCACUGAUAGCGCCCUGGACCACCGCCUGGACAAUCUCGAGGAGAAGUUGUCGAACGCGUAUAUCGAGCUCCGACUUUUGCGCGAAGAGCUGCCUCCCUACAACGCGGAUCAGUGCGCCGCCGCGCAGGCUAUCGAAGACCACCUCCUGACGACACUCGACCACAUCCAAUCGCCCGACGUGCUCCCAGAAGACAAGAUGACGCGCGCCGCAGAGGCAUUGGAGGGCCUUCAGGCCCUGCUCGACGCGUAUGAACCUGCGCUUGUCCAGGCCGGCGUGGCCGCGACCCUGCGCUGUGUGCUGCUCAACUCCACAAUCGCGAUUUCUCUGGACCGGGGCCUCGACGUCAUGGAUGUUGCUUCGACGGCCAUCAAUAUCGGCAUGCCUGAGAUCAACUUUCUCAAGGAGUUUGUCGCGGACUGA